AAGAGAAGAAAGGAAAAAGUAUAAAGGGAUGAAAGGAAGAAGAGGGGACGCAGACACAUAAAGGAACAGAAGACAGAAUGUAGAAUAUGUAGUCUGUGAGCUGUGCAGUGUGGGACGCUGUCUGCCCCGUUGUCAUCAGACGUCAUGAGCUGGAGCUUCCUGACACGUCUGCUGGAAGAGAUCCAGCACCACUCCACAUCGGUGGGGAAACUCUGGCUCACCACACUAGUUGUCUUCCGUAUUGUUCUGACUGCGGUGGGCGGCGAGUCCAUAUAUUACGAUGAGCAGAGCAAGUUUGUCUGCAACUCGGGUCAGCCGGGAUGCGAGAAUGUCUGCUAUGAUGCCUUUGCACCACUCUCGCAUGUGCGAUUCUGGGUUUUCCAGAUUAUUCUGUCUGCCCUGCCCUCUCUGCUGUAUAUGGGCUAUGCAGCCAAUAAGAUCUCCCACAAUGAGGAGCCGCGGGGUGGAGCAGGGCCCGUGGCUCCAGCAGCUGACGGGACAGGGGGCGGAUACACCCAGCGAAGGCCAAGAAAGAUGUAUUUUGGGGCACGGCAGCACCGAGCAGGACACGAGGAUGGGGAAGAGGAACGGGAGGAUGACCCCAUGAUCUAUGAAGUGCCAGAGAUAGACAACUCACGUCGGGAGUUGGUGCCACCACGGCCCAAGCCCAAAGUGAGGCAUGAUGGACGCCGGCGCAUCCGUGAUGACGGGCUGAUGCGAGUGUAUGUUCUACAGCUGCUAACACGUUCCGUGCUGGAGGCGGGCUUUCUUGCGGGACAGUAUCUGCUUUACGGCUUUCGCGUGGAACCAGUUUUUGUGUGCUCAGAUAAGCCCUGCCCACACCAUGUGGACUGUUACAUCUCACGCCCUACAGAAAAGACCAUCUUCCUCCGAAUAAUGUAUGGCGUCAGCUGCCUUUGCCUGCUUCUAAACCUAUGGGAAAUGAUCCACCUCGGAGUGGGAACCAUCAGCGACGUUCUCCGCAAAAGAAAUGCAGCAACAACAGAGGAUGAGUACCAACUGGGCCUGCUUACAGCGGGGGGUGUGUCAGUCGGAGUGGGUGGGCCAGCACUAAGUGAGGGAGAGCUAGGAGGCGGGGUUGGGGGAGGUGUAAAAGAAGCAGACUAUGUUGGUUAUCCCUUCUCAUGGAACACCCCUUCUGCACCACCGGGCUACAACAUUGUGGUAAAGCCUGAGACCAUGCCAUACACAGACUUGAGCAAUGCCAAGAUGGCUUGCAAGCAGAACCGUGCCAACAUUGCACAGGAGGAGCAGCAACAAUACGGCUCCAAUGAGGACAACUUUCCAUCAGCAGGUGAGGUGCGGCCGCCGCCGAUCAACAAAGAUGUCAUACAAUUAGAAGCAGCGAUUCAAGCCUACACCUUGCAGCACCAUGCCAAUAAUAACCACGAUGACCUGAACGACAACCAUAACAUUGAUGAAAAGCCUCAGAGUAACAUCACUACAGCACCACAAAAGGAGCGAAAGCACCGGCCCAUGCAUGGCAAAUCAGGGAGCGCUGGAAGCAGCAGCAGUAGCAAGUCAGGAGAAGGCAAACCAUCUGUCUGGAUCUGACAUACACACACACACACACACACCUGAGAACUAUACUCAGUGAACUGUUACAUUACAUAUUCGCGGGUUCAAUACAAGUUAAGCUCAAUUGCCAGUAUUAGUAGCAUAAUGUCGAUUACAACUAAAAUUGUAUGGUGACUUGUCCCUCCAAAAAUAUGGGUUACAUUGAGGCACUUAAAAUAGAAGUGAAUGGUGCCAAUUCGUGAACUUUAAAAUACUCACUAUAAUCACUAUAUUCACUAUAAUUUUAGUGAAAAUAAACCAUUUACUAACCUUUCCUGUGUUAAGGUAUAUCCAAUUUUAACCAACUUUGUUGCCAUGACGAUGUAACCAUGUAAGAUGACGAUAUAAACUUUACAACU